AUGGUGUCCCAAACGGAUUCGAACGCGAGAGAGAGCGUGAUCGUGGUGAUGGAUGCUAAGAGAAACAAAGGGAUGGUGGAUGCGCUUGACUGGGCACUCAAACACUGUGUUCGCCGGAGAGACACCGUGAUCGUGAUCGGAGUUUUGGGUGAGAUGGGGAAGAAGAACGCUACUCAUUGCUUCCCGUUGAACAUGGGGAUUAACAUCUCUGGAAUAUUGGAGAAGUUGGAGUUUUCAUCAGGACAUACAGAACUGAAACCCAGAGACGUCGAAGAAGAACUCGAGAGGAAAAGGGAACAAUACCAAGCUAUCCUUCAACCAUUCACUCGAAAAUGUAAAAGAAACGAGGUGAAGUUGGAGGUCACACUUGCAGCACGGAUUUGUCCCAUAGAAAUAACACUCAAAGAAGCACAAAAUCCCAACACUCGAUGGAUUGUUCUUGACAGCCACUUGAAGAAGUACAAAAUGUGCAUAUACUGGAAUGUUGAAUGCAAUGUUGCAGUAAUGAAAGGAAAAGAUGUUGCAACUUUAAUGCCAUCGAGAGCUCCCAAGCCCGAACACUCGCCGGUAAGUAGCGAAAGAGCUGAUGCCGAGACUUGGCCCGACGAUCAACCCCUGAAUGAUCCGGAACAUGUGAAUCCGAAUGCGGUCGAGGAAGGGGAGUCACCUAUACUACAAACUCCACGGGGUCCAUCUUGGUAUCCAUUGCAAUAUAGAGCCGGUUUCCCUCGAGAAUUUUCUUUUGACGAAAUCAAAGAGAUCACGAAUGGCUUCUCUGAUACCAUUUGUGAAGAAGGGAAUCUUAAAAUCUAUGAAGGGGUAUUGGAGAAUACCCCUGUUAUAGUCAAAUCUAUUCAAGAAGAUGAACGGUUUUGGUCGAUGCUUACGAUCCUCUCCCGUGUACGCCACCGCAACAUCAUGAACAUCGUCGGAUAUUGCUGCAGCGGCACGAACGGAUUACUCAUAUCCGACUAUCCGUGUUUGUAUAACUUUGCAAUGAAGUUGCAAUGUGAUAUUUCUGCGAUUAACCUAACUUGGAGAGCAAGGUGGUACACCGCCAUCGAAAUAGGUGGCAGCUUGCGCUAUCUUCACGAAGAAUGUCCCGACGGGCCAAUCGUUCACCAAUCGGUCUGUUCAUCUAACAUCGUUUAUUCUCAUGGUUACUCACCUAUGCUAAGCAAUUUCAUAACAGCUAAGUGGCACAAGGAGGAGGUUCAAUGUAAUGGGAAUUCAAGUGGCAAAUGUCCAAACCUAGAGGAAGACAAAAGGGUUUAUGUGGAUGUACAUGACUAUGGAUUGUUUCUUGUGGAGCUUAUUUCUGGAAAAGUUGCAGGUUGCUUUCCACAUGAAAAUGAGGGUCAGUCCUUAAAAGACUGGGCGCUGCCACUGCUCGAAAGCGACUUGAUCACUCACCUGGUGGAUCCGAGAUUGGCGGAUAAAGACGACGAUUCGAAGGUCGUUCAUUGUAUGGCUCGGGCGGCGUUGCUCUGUCUGAAGAACGAUUCGGGCCGCAGUAUUUCCAUUAGCGAGGUCUUAGCCGUGGUUCGAGGUGAUCAGCGUGCGAUACUUCAGUUUUGAACCAUCCCAAGAGCUUGUAAAUUACCGUUUGCUCUCAUGAACAAAUGGAAAAAGAAAAGAGAACUCUGUAAAAA